AUGUGCGCCAUGGAGAUUCUGGUCUGUGGAGCCACGGGAAGUACCGGUGGAGCCACCGUGGACGCCCUUGUCGCGACUCCCCAGUUUGCCGCCAAAGAGGUUCGCGUCUCGGCGCUGGUGAGGGACCUUGAGGGUGCAAAGGCCCAAGCUCUCAAGACCAAGGGCGUUGCUCUGGUGGAGGGAAGCUUUGACAACAAGGAGAGCCUCAUGGCGGCUAUGGCCAAAGCGGACCGAUGCUUCUUGGUCUGCAACAACGUCUUGAACCAAGUCGACCUAGAGUGCAAUGUCAUCGAGGCGGCGGAGGCCAGUGAUGCUUGCAAAUAUCUGGUCAAGAUAUCGACUUGUGGAGCCGUCGUGGAGGGUGCGCCUCCCUACAUCUCGAAGGAUUCUGUCAUCCAAUACGGACGCUACCAUGCCGCGAUUGACGAGCGCCUUGACGCCUGCACCAAGUUGAUGUGGACCAGUCUCCGUCCCAACUACUUCAUGCAAAACUUUAUUGGUGAUGUCUUUGGCACGCUUGCAAACAAGAUGGUGGCAUACCCUCAUCAGAAGGACCAGAAGGCCACCUUGAUUGACGUUCGCGACAUUGGCGACAUUGCCGCCAAGAUGCUGUUGCUUUCGGAUGAGAAGAUUGGGAGCACUUAUCAUGGCAAGAAGUUGGAUAUUGGAGGGCUCAAGAGUUACAGCAUCCCCGACAUUGUGGACAUCUAUUCCAAAGCACUGAAGAACGUACCUAUCAAGCUUGUACGCUGCAGCGAAGAGGAGUUCGCCAAGGGCUUGGUUGGGGGAGCAGGCUUUCCCGAAUGGCUCGCCACCUCGGUGGCCAAGAGCCACACGGUCUUCUGGGAAGGGAAUGCCACGGACUAUCAGUCCCCUCCUGAAAUCAAGGAAUUGCAUCCCAAGUUUCGUACCUUUGAGGAGUGGGUGGCGGAGCAUGCUCAUCUGGUGAAGCUUGUAGAGUAG